CUGUUGAACAGCUGUUUGGGCGUCCUAAAGCAAAACAUUUGAUUAUUUUGUUUAUAUCGAGUGUUAGUAGCAUUAUCUAAGCUGCAGAAAUGCUGCACUCACAGACAAUGCAAUCCAUACCCACUCUCCACCAGCCACUGCACUCCAAGGUAUCGAACUAUCUGAACAACCAGCGGAGAACCGGACAAUUCUGUGACCUGCUCUUGGAACUGGAUUCGGAUGAUUCCCUCAGCUUGAGCGUCCAUUUCUGCGUGCUGGCUGCACAGAGCCAGUUCAUCAACACCAAUCAGAAGCAACAGCAGUUCUCCAUUCACAAUCCGCUCAAGAUCACCAUCCGGAAUUUCAGCUGCACCCAAUGCCUGCACACAAUUGUGGACUUCUUCUAUGAGGAUUUGGUUUCCGUGUCUAAGGAGCACGAGCUGCACUUUCGGGAGCUAGCGCAAAUCUUGGCUGUGACAGAACUACUGAAUCUCUACCAGUUGCAGCCCUUGGGCGAGGUAAAAGAAGCAACAGAGAUCCCAGCACCUGGAGAGGCGCAACCAAAUCCAGAACUAGAAAAGAAAGCAGAGGCUGUCUUUGAGAAUCGACAAAGUUACUUCAAGCUUAAGAACCCGCGAGCGGUAAAGUCCAGCAGCAAAGUGAACUACUGCAUUGGCUGCGACUUCAAGUGCUAUCAGGUGCAGAAAAUGAUCGAGCACAUGGGCAGCUGUGAACCCUCCCAUUUGACCUGCUCGCUGUGCGAAGUGGGCUUCCUGGACUGGCGAGAAUACGACACUCACCUACGCCGGCACUCUGGUGAUCUGCGUAAGCCCUUCUUUUGCUUGCAGUGCGGCAUCCGCUUCAACACACGAGCUGCCCUGCUCGUCCAUCAGCCCAAGCAUUCCACGGAAACGCCCCACAUAUGUCCACAUUGCGGAAAGGGCUUUAAGUGGAAGCAGGGCCUGAGCAACCACAUCCUGGUCCACAAUCCCGAGAAGCAAAUGCUCUGCGACGUCUGCGGCUACAGCACCACGCACAUGAAGGCCCUCAAGUCGCACAAGCUGCUUCACACUGGAGAAUUCUUUGCGUGCACAGUCUCCGGCUGCACGCAUCGUGCCAAUCGCAAGGAGAACCUGAAACUGCACAUUGAAACGCACAAACAGGGUCGCGAUUUUAUCUGCGAGAUCUGUGGCUGCAAGUUCAGCCAGAGUAAAAACCUCAAGCGUCACGCCCUGAAGCACACGGAGAAUGGUCCGAACCGCUACAAGUGCCAGCUGUGUGGAUUUAGUAGUCACCGCUCCGACAAAAUGAAGGAGCACGUGCAGCGGGUUCACACGGAGAAGGCGGUGCAGUUAGAGCUCUCGGAAACGGUGGACAGUAGCUUUCCCGAUGACUUUGAUCUUCCCGUGAUCGACACGACACCCAAGAAGAAACCAAAAGGGGUUAAGAGCAAGACUGUAAGGGAUGUUAAUCCUGACAAGCGACUGAAAACCCUACUGCCCAAGGAGACAGUAGAAUAGGAAUAAAAAGAAAGGUUACCAUUCAUUACUUCUCAAAGAAAGAGAUUUUUAAGGCAAAUGUAAAUUGUAAAUGUUUAGAAUAACUAUGUUAACAAGAGACUGUAUCAGCAAAUUUAGAACAUUUGCUAUAUUUACAAAAUGAGACGAGGAAUCUCAAGUUGUGAGUUCGAAUACAACAAAAUUCUAUCCAGAAUAUUCACGGCAACCCAGUUUCUUUUUGAAGUCAUAAAGAAAGAAUCAUCGAGAAAUCUAAAGAUUGAUUUGCUACCAACGAAUUGUAAAUAAAGUGGUAUAUUGUGGCAGGUUCUAAAAACAACAUUGUUGAGGCCAUUCUAUCUUAUCUAAGAAGGUGGCUACGAUCUAUUGCGUCGUUUCCAGACGAACUUUGAGAACGAAUACCUGCCAAAUGACUAACUAGAGCGAUAGUUAGCACCUUAUCAACGCCGAAGGCUAUGUACGUAACAUUUGUUUAUAUAAAAUCCAUUAAACCAAAACAAACUGAAAGCUUUUCGCUUUUCAGAAAUAAACAAAUGCGUUGCCUGGUGGGAGGGAAGUGGGUCAACUGAUCAGGUUCUAGUGCACCAAAAUAAAUAUCCAUUAUCUUGUAUUUCAAAUAUGUUAUUUGAACUAUAAUUAUUACUAAAUUGUUUCUUUUGCCCUUACAUUCGCUUUAAAAAAUAUUUUUGAGAUUUAAAAAAAACUAAUUUUGAUCAGUGUAUCCAGAUAAUCCAGAACAUAUGAUGCAUUUAAUUAUAUAUUUAUUGGGCGGAGAAACAACUGCAGGGUAAAUGCACUUUGAUGAUCGUUUAGGGAGGGCCAAGGUGGGCGGGUGUUACAUAACACUCGGGGAACGUGUGUCUGCUGAAAAGUUCUUAAAUUAUUAAAAUAAAUGGACGAGGCGAAAUAAUAUGUUUGCCGAUUUCUGUUUUUUUGUUUACCGCGCACUUUGUAAACAGCAAAAAAUUAAAUUGCGCAGCAAAUAUUGUCAAGAAGGCACUCUCUUGAGCGGAAAAGGGUUGUCAGGGCGAGUAACUAUGAAUUUUAAUAAAAGAACAUUCUUUUACAUAAAAAAGAGCAAAUAUAUUUGGUAAAAGUUCAGUAGAAAGUAAUGGAAAAAUUAAAUAUUUUUAGUAACUACACGUAAGCAACAAUAUAAUGCCUUUCUAGUAGUUUAUUUAGCUAAAUCCGGCAACUCUGACGGAGAGAGAGCUUUGGUUGCGGAACAGAAAGCUUGCGCGCCUAUAAAAGCCGCUGCUCGACCGAAAAAAAUUCAAUUCCGUUCGCAGCUCAGCGAAAAGUGAACAAAAAAGAAGAAGUAAAGAAAUUUGAAAGCCAGCCUGCAAGUUUGCAGAGAAACAAAAAGCAAA